CGACAUGAUAUAGAAAUAAUGGUAUAAAAGUGUAAAAUUCGAACUGAAAUUUGAAAAAAAAAGAAAACAUGUGGAACGAAUGGUUCGUUCGUUUAAAGAAUGAAGUCAUCGAAAUCGUGUUGACUAUACAUCGAAUGCUAACGAAUCCAUUAAUGAUGAUAUUAUAUUGUCUUUGGAUCGUGAUUUCAGGGCACGAAGAAGAGUACAUAAAAAAUGCGAAAGAUCGAGCGGAAGAAGAUAGAAGUAAUGCCGAACAUCAAAUGCCGAACGAAUUUAUCCAAGGUGCUGCUAUUACGGCAGAAACAUGUCCACCAUCGCUGGCUGUUCGCUCGGCGUUACGAUUGCAAUUCUGGAUCUUUUAUUGGAAAUUGGAGCGUGAACGCGUUCACCUAGCUCGUACACUUCCUGCAAGUCUUACUGCGCCAGGUCAGCCAGUUCCUUAUACAGCAAAAUUGAUCCCCGUUCUAACAGAAGAUGUCAAUUUAUUACGUGAUCAUACGACUGAGAACCUUCCAGUGAUUAGCUUACGUUCAUUAAUGAAAACUGGACGCUAUUUAGUCGUUAAUUUUGAUGGAUGGAAAUUUGACGGACCAAAUUACAGUUUCAUCGCCAAUCAUCGAGAUAUUCAAGAUCGAGUCGAUGCUGUAAAAACUCUCAUUGAAUUAGCUGGAAUCGAUCAGAAUGAUCAAAUUGCAGUCUAUUCGGAUACCAUGGAUGAUCAUACGAACCAUAUAUUUCGCGGAUGGCCGGAGAAACUCUAUGUUUUAUCGGAUGGUAAAGUGCUCUAUCAAGGUCAAAAUGGUCCAUCAGGUUAUUCCAUUCCAUCGGUGAAUUAUUUCUUGAAAAACAAUAUUUUGAAUGAAAACUGA